GUCUCUAUAAAUUUUCGAACACUAGAAAUGUACGCUAACCACAUUUGACUUUUCGAGGGAAGAGCGCGAAGCAUAUUUCUCCAAACGUCGGUUUCGAACCCGGCGACGCAGUCCUACGCGCCAUUCGCCUGAGAAUGGACGCGCCGCUGCUCACUAGCACCUCCGACGAGGUCGAGCUAAUCGAAGGCAACGGAGACUACCGGCCAGUGAAGAGCUUCAGAGAGCUGAAAUCAAUGUGUUGGAUAGAGACGGUGAAGCUAUGGAAAAUCACGGUUCCGAUAGCGUUGACGAUUCUCUCUAUGUACGGAAUUAACUCCGUUACUAGCAUCUUCGCCGGCCACAUCAGUGAUGUUGCGCUUUCCGCCGUUUCAAUAUCUCUCUCCGUCAUUGGUACCUUCUCUUUCGGUUUCAUGCUUGGUAUGGGGAGUGCAUUAGAGACACUGUGCGGCCAAGCUUUUGGUGCAGGACAAGUGCAUAUGUUAGGCGUGUACAUGCAGCGCUCAUGGAUAAUCCUAUCAAUCACUGGUAUAAUUCUCUUGCCGAUUUACAUAUUUGCCACCCCAGUUUUAAAGCUCCUCGGUCAAGAAGAAGAGAUUGCAAAUCUUGCUGGUGAAUUCACUCUCCAAGUCAUCCCCCAGUUGUUUUCGCUUGCUAUCAGUUUCCCCACUCAAAAGUUCCUUCAGGCCCAAAGCAAGAAUAAAGUGCUUGCGUGUAUUGGGCUCGUGAGCCUAGUAGUCCACAUUGGACUGCUUUGGCUAUUGAUUAUUGGGCUUGGGUUGGGAACCACUGGUGCAGCCAUAGCGUUUGAUGUCUCGAAUUGGGCAGCUACGGUGGCUCAAGUAGUUUAUGUUGUGGGGUGGUGUAAGGAGGGUUGGCAUGGGUUGUCGUGGGCUGCAUUCAAUGAUAUUUGGGCCUUUGUUAGGCUAUCUCUUGCCUCUGCUGUGAUGCUAUGCUUAGAGAUUUGGUAUUUUAUGAGUAUUAUUAUCCUCACCGGUCAUCUUGAUAAUGCAGUGCUUGCGGUUGGGUCCCUUUCUAUUUGCUUGAAUAUUAAUGGAUACGAAGCUAUGAUAUUCAUCGGGAUAAAUGCUGCUAUAAGUGUUCGCGUAUCUAAUGAGCUUGGUAUGGGACAUCCAAGAGCAGCCAAGUACUCUGUCUACGUUACAGUUUCUCAGUCCUUGGUCAUUGGAAUUUUCUUUAUGGUUCUUAUAUUGGCAACUCGAGACUAUUUUGCUAUCAUUUUUACAAGCAGCAAAGAUAUGCAAGAAGCCGUUGCUGACUUAGCAUACCUUCUCGGUUUUACCAUGGUUCUUAACAGUGUCCAGCCUGUGAUAUCAGGUGUUGCGGUUGGGGGUGGAUGGCAAGCUCUGGUAGCUUAUAUCAACUUGGGAUGCUAUUACAUAUUUGGCGUCCCAUUUGGAUACUUUCUUGGUUAUGCAUUAGAUAUGGGAGUGAAGGGACUUUGGUCGGGAAUGAUAGCGGGAACAGCACUGCAGACACUGAUCCUACUUUUUGUGCUUUACAGAACCAACUGGAACAAGGAGGUUAGCCUGUCAUCAGACCGCAUGAAAAAGUGGGGAGGACAAGACAUUAAUAUUGUUGACAAGUUAGACGACAAUAUAUGACGAGCAGAUGUGAGCCUGACAUCAGACCGCAUGAUUUUUGAGUUUUCAUUUUGCUAGACAAUGGACUUUGAACUUUCAUUUCUAGCAGUUGAUAUUUAAGGACGGGCAAUUCAUUUUGACCCCAACGCACAAUAUCAGCUGUGAAUUGUGAUUGAUAAAGGAAUUCGGUGACUAAUUAGAGAGAUGUAUCGAGAUCCAUCAUUUUUGUGAGAGGAUAGAGUGUUGCCCUGCUGAAUAACAGGGAAGUGACAGGAAUUCAUUUAUCUAGCUA